CAUGCGCUAGUUUUUUAAUUAAGCAUCUAUUUGACACCUUAUAUGAGUGUCUCAAAGUACUAUGCAGUAUUGUAAUUUCUCAAAUCGUUUUUAUCCGUAGUCGCAUGCGAAACCCAAAUUCCGUCCCCAAGGAAACAAAAGACGGCAUAAAAACAGUCGAGCAAAAUCGCCAAAACGAAAAAUGACCGAUUACGAAGCUCAGUACCAAAGCAACGGAGAGGACCUAGAAAACAGUUACGGUGGCGUUCCCUCUCCUCAGCCUCGCGAAGGUAGUAACGGUGACCUUGAUGAUCGCCGCGAUUCCAAAUCUCAGCAUGGAUCUCGUGAGAGCGAGAGAGGGUCUUCUAGAAGUAGGGAAAAGGAGAAAAGCCGCGACAAGGAAAGGGAGAAGGAUCGUGAUCGCCAUAGGGACAGGGAAAGGGACAAGGAUAGAGAGAGAAGUAAGGAUAGGGACCGAGAAAAGGAUCGUGACCGUCAUCACAGAGAUCGUCAUAGGGAUCGAAGUAGAGAACGGAUUGAGAGGAGGGAUCGGGGAAGAGAUGGGGAUGAUAAUGAUUAUCACCGAAGUCGAGACUUUGACAGGCGGAGGGGUUAUGAUAGAGACAGGGAGGACAGGCAUAGCCUCAGGUCUCAUUCAAGGGGUGGAUCUGAACAUAGAUCAAAGUCAAGGUCCCGCUCACCAUCAAAGAGCAAAAGGAUUAGUGGCUUUGACAUGGCACCUCCUGGUUCAGCAAUGUUAGCUGCUGGUUCUAGUGCUGCUGCUGCUGCCACCGCAGUCCAGAUUCCUGGGAAUAAUCCAGCCCUACCUGGAGUCUUUCCAAAUAUGUUUCCUCUAGCAACUGGUCAGCAGUUUGGUGCUCUCCCACUUAUGCCAGUUCAGGCAAUGACUCAGCAGGCUACCAGGCAUGCACGUCGCGUCUAUGUUGGAGGGCUUUCUCCUACAGCAAACGAACAGUCAGUUGCGACCUUCUUCAGCCAGGUUAUGGCUGCUAUUGGUGGAAACACUGCUGGUCCAGGGGAUGCUGUUGUUAAUGUCUACAUAAACCAUGAAAAGAAGUUUGCUUUUGUAGAGAUGAGAUCAGUUGAGGAAGCCAGUAAUGCAAUGGCUUUAGAUGGGAUUAUCUUUGAGGGAGCGCCUGUGAAAGUGAGGAGACCCAGUGACUAUAACCCUUCGCUUGCUGCUACUCUUGGUCCGAGCCAGCCCAGUCCUAAUCUUAAUCUAGCUGCUGUGGGUCUGUCUCCGGGUUCUGCUGGUGGGCUUGAGGGUCCAGACCGCAUUUUUGUGGGAGGGCUUCCAUAUUACUUCACAGAAGUACAAAUCAGGGAGUUGUUAGAGUCUUUUGGGCCCCUUCGAGGUUUUGAUCUAGUAAAAGAUAGAGAAACUGGAAACUCAAAAGGCUAUGCCUUCUGUGUUUAUCAAGAUCUGUCAGUUACAGACAUUGCUUGUGCUGCUCUAAAUGGAAUUAAAAUGGGUGAUAAAACUCUCACAGUUAGGCGAGCAAACCAGGGUGCCACCCAGCCUAGACCUGAGCAAGAGAAUAUCCUCCAGCAUGCACAGCAGCAGAUUGCUCUGCAGAGGCUUAUUUUGCAGCCACAAGGUGUGCCAACAAAGGUUGUGUGCUUGACUCAAGCUCUUAGUGAAGAUGAUCUUAGAGAUGACGAGGAGUACGAGGAUAUUGUUGAAGACAUGAAACAAGAGGGUGGAAAACACGUUUUGUGGGGAUUCGAAAUUUUCACACAUAAUAUGCAGGUGUGUUGGUUAAUGUUGUCAUCCCCCGCCCGAAUCCAAAUGGUGAACCAUUACCAGGUGUCGGAAAGGUGUUUCUGGAGUACUCAGACGUCGAAGGUUCCCGAAAAGCCCAAGCUGCAAUGAAUGGCCGGAAAUUUGGUGAAAAUCAAGUAAUUGCUGUCUUCUAUCCAGAGAACAAGUUUGCACAAGGGGAGUACGAUGCCUAAUGUCAUCUCUGCUAUGCUUUAUAGUUGUACUGGUUCCUUGUUUAGGUUUAGUCAUCAGAUAUAUUUAUAUGGCGUAUGAAGAAUUUUAUCCAUGACAGCCUGUAGUGUGAUUCUUUGCUAAAUUUUUUGCUUUGAAGCCAAACAGCGAACAGAAUGCUAGACAGAUAUGGAGGGCUUGAAUAUAUUAAUCUGAUGUUGGUUUUGCA